AUGGUUUACCUGCUGGUUACUGGAGUUUACUCGUCUGGAGUUGCGAAGGUGACUCUAAAACUUAAUCAAAGCUGGGCAAGUCCUUUAAGCAUUAUGAUUGCAAUGUUUAAUUACCUAAUAGUUGUUCUUAUGUUCAUUGUUGGCGUUGAGGGCCGUAUAUACGGAGGUGAUGGACCUCAUUAUAUAAACUUCGGCGGCAAACCUCUUCGUCUUCUCUGAUCGGUUAUCAACAAAUCGAUCCAUCAUGACUGCUUUACUUUCUGUCUAUGAGUUAAUCUUUCACAGUAAAGAUGUCCUUUAAUCAUUGUUAUAGAGAGUGUCCCAAAAGUAUAGAUCGUUUGACUAUAGUUGGCCGUCUGAAAAUAGUGUAAUUGCGCAAUUAUUAUAUCGUAUAGCUUGCUUCACCUCGUGAAGUUAAUAAAAGAAAGUCUUUGAACUUUGCAUUCAGGCAAAGUUUCACUAUGG